AUUUUUAUUGAUGUAUUUGAGGAAGAAGCCCACUUGCGAGUGGCGGUGUUUAAGUCAUAAGUGUGAAUAAAUAUGCUGUGGUACACAAUUCUUGAAGAUACAUAUCCAAGACUUAGCGUGAGUCAGAGGUCUUUUAAUGCCUGAUUUGACACCAGCAGACAGGUGACGGCGCCAGCGGCUUGUCUAUGUACCUAUCUGCAAGAAGAGAUAUAUCAGUUCCUCCAGUCCAGGCCCUAAAUUUUCAUUGCAUUUAUAAUAGUCUUGAUCGCCAUGGGAGAAGCUCAACAACUGCCUUUGUCUACAGCUGUGAAUGGUCUUGAAAAAGAUGAUCGAGAAGUAGAGAAGCCCCAAGAAAAUGGAGAAACGAAGAGAAAGUCUUCCUUCCCGUCUCUGAGACGACCAUACAAAUGGUGGCUUCAGAUGGUCAUCUACGCCUUCUUCGUCUUGGCCGGGCAGUCUGUCGGCACACUCUUGGGCAGAUUAUAUUUCGACAACGGUGGAAAUAGUGAAUGGAUGGCCACAUUGGUUCAGGUUGUGGGAUUUCCAAUUCUUUUCCCCUUCCAAUGCAUCGUCGCCACCAAGCAUGAAGACACGGGAACAAACACAACGAAGCGUUUUCCCUUGAUUCUUGCCUCAAUUUAUAUAUCUCUCGGCAUUUUUAUGGCUGCAGAUUGCAUGUUGUAUACGAUCGGCCUCCAAUACCUUCCGGUCACAACGUAUACUCUAAUUUGUGCUAGCCAGCUGGGAUUCAAUGCUGUCUUCUCUUACUUCCUCAAUCGACAAAAGUUCACUCCUUACAUAGUCAAUUCCCUUUUUCUCCUAACCAUCUCCUCUGUACUUCUUGUGUUCCAAACUGAUCCUGGUGAUUCCAAAAAAACAACGAAAAACAAGUAUGUAAUCGGCUUUAUAUGCACCCUGGCAGCGUCUGCUGGAUACGCUUUAAUGCUCUCCCUCACUCAGCUUGCCUUUCACAAGGUCAUCAAGAAAGAGACUCUGCGAGCGGUCAUUGAUAUGACGAUAUAUCAGAGUGUGGUAGCAACUGUUAUCAUUGUAAUAGGGCUUUUUGGAAGUGGGGAAUGGAGGACGCUGAACAAAGAGAUGGAGGAGUAUAAGUUAGGGAAAGUAUCGUAUGUUAUGAACUUGUUGUGGACAUCAAUUUCUUGGCAGGCUUUCGGUGUUGGUUGUGUUGGGCUGAUAUUCAAAGUUUCAUCAUUGUUCUCUAAUGUUAUCAGCAUUUUAGGCCUGCCUGUGGCUCCUGUCUUGGCCGUGAUCUUUCUACACGACAAGCUAACCGGAUUGAAGGCUGUUGCCAUGUUGCUGGCCAUGUGGGGUUUCGUGUCGUAUAUGUACCAACACUAUCUAGAUGAUUCAAAGAUGAAGGAACAAAGAAGAUCAUCCGAUGAAGGAGUUUCUGAAGUUGCUCUUGUAACUGAAAGAGGAUAGUUUUGCUGCAUCUGUCUGUAUUCAGUUCACAUUGGUUCAUACCAAUUGCAAAGAAUAAUUAAUCAGUUACAGGAUGAACCAAAGGCAUGAUGAACAUCACCUGUAAAACGCAAUACUAUUUUGAUGUUUUCACAA